AGGUUGCUUUUAAUCCAGUUCAAAAAGAGAAAACGCCAGCCCCGCCCCCUACUCCGCGGCAAAAUCACUAUGCCAAUGUAUGUGCCCUAAGAAGACAGAGAUCCUGUGUAUCCAAUAGAAGUGCCGAGUGCCUUGCUGCCAUCCUUAGUAGGCGUGCAGCCAGUGUAGACUGUGAUGGGCCCAAUGGUGGGCCAGGUGUGAAAAAACUCAGCCGAACGUGGUCUCAGCCGAUUGAUACAUCUCAUGUGAGAACACGCGUACCAAGUGGUGAAAAUGCUAUUUGUGUAGACCGAAUAAGAGAAGAAAGCACCUCGCCUGAGGAUAGCCCGACUAGAAAUAUUAGAAAGAUAAAAAAUUUACGUGAGUUUCAGUUACUGACGAAAAAUAAGGACUCGGAUAGUGAAAGUAAUCCUGGUUCCCCAGCCAAAGAGAAAAAAUCACCCAGUAGAAAGAAGAAUGAAAUGUCAAAAUCAACUCUAGCUCCUAGUUUAAAAACUGAAAAUAAGCCUAGGAGAUGUUUCUCAGAUUCUGAUGCAGAUGUUGGCAUGCCUGUUUAUUCUGAUGGUGAAGUUGAUGUAUGGCAAAAUCCUGUUGCAACAUUAUCUCCUGAAACUGACAAGGACAUACAAAUUGUAUGCCAAGAGGAAGCGCCCACAGAAGUAAUUCAACAUCUUGCACCUAAAACUAAUGGCCAGCAUACCCAGCCUGAAAAGGAGGGUGACAAUGAUCCAACUAUGACAGCUAGUGUCAAUUCCUGUGAAGAAGUUACCGAAGUCACAGGCUGGCAAGUCACCAUGAGCAGUGGAUCGAAUGGAACUCCAUGUUUACCUCCUCCAGAUGAAUUUGGAGGUGGUAAUCCAUUUCUCAUGUUUCUAUGCAUUACAAUUCUUCUCCAGCACCGUCAGCAUAUUAUUGAAAACAACAUGGACCACAAUGAGUUAGCCAUGCACUUUGAUAAAAUGGUUAGGCAGCAUAAUGUAAACAAAGUCUUGAGCCAGGCUCGGCGCAUGUUUGAAACAUACUUGAAGUUUGAUUUUAGUAAAUCCCGCUCAAAAAAAUCUCCACCAAGUUCUUCAGAUCAGUCAUGUUAAUUUUCAGAGCUUGCAUAUUGAAGUCAAACAAUAGAGUAGCUGUUGGUUUCAGUGGUAAACUUUUCAUCAAAUUACAUUCAAUCUUGGUUAGGAACAAAAUUUUGUGGUGUGCGUACUGUUGCUUUUAGGCUGCUCAAUUGUAAGACUGUUUUUCUUGAAUUGUUUAGCUGGUAAAAUAUCACUAGGGUUGCAUUGGGAUUGGAAGAAUAUGCUCUUAUUGCAAAUUAUGUAAAUACUUAGUUGUUUCUUUGUUUUAUAUUUCUGGGAAAUUUGAGGUAUAUAAAGAGUGUUCUAUUGGUGGUUUAGUUUUGUACAAUAUAAUUUUAAGGUUCUUAGGAAUUAGGUGAUAUGACUUUUUCAUAUUGCAUGUGCAGAACAGUUGCUGUUAUUUCUACAUAAUGGUUCACACUCAUGAACAUAUAUUGUGUAUAGAAUAUACUAUAUGAAAUAAGCACAUAAUUACGUAAUUAGUAACUUGCAUUAGAAUUUUGCAUUUAUGUUGUUUUUUUACCCUUAGAAUCUGUACUAAGUACAGAUUAGUUAAGUGGAGAUUUGAAUCAAGGAUUUUUCACAUGGAAUUUCAUUAAUUUCAGUAGGAUUUGGCUUGUGUGGUAGUCAUUGAUAGAAUUAAUUUCAUUUUAAUAUAAGUUUUUUUACGUAAAUUUUGUACUUUUUAAUUUAAAAAGAUAGUUUGAUCAUGUUCAGUCCAUUUCUUUCAUGUUAGGACUUUAUGAACAAAUACUGCCAUUUGCAUUUUGCAAAGUUUGUCAGAAUUACAUUAACAAGUAUCAUCUUCCAUGAUGGUAAUUUUACUUUUGAGAGAUUGGGGGUGAGUCACUCAUUUUGGACAAUGAUGUGUAAUAUUUACUGGUAAAAACAUCCGGAGUUCAAGGAGAUUCUUACUUUUCACAUACUAUUUUGUCAUAGAGUGGAUGGCAUUCUAAUUGAUUAAAUGAAAAGAUGAUCAAAACUGCUACAUCCUUGUCAUUAAGGAUGUACAUUUCUGCAGGUACUAUAUGUGCUUCCUUUUGUUCUAUAUUAAUACAAUGCUAUGUGUUCAGUGAAUUAUCUACUAUGUAUUUGCCUACUUGUGCUUCCUAUUUUAUGUUUAAGGUGUGUUCAUAUAUACUAUUUUAAAAAGAAAAUUAUUACUUAUGUUUUGAAUAUGGUAGUUCCCAUUUGAAAAGUUUGCUAUUACUUUUGACUCCAGUUUUAUCUUGAAAUUAUCAGACCAUCUUUAUUUCAGGAAACAUUCCAUCAUUUUUAAUUCUUGUAAUUUUGUAAAAGACCAAAAGUUACAAAAGCUCAUGAUUUGAUAAAUUUCUCUUACAGUAAUACCAAGAUCAGCCUUUAAAUUAGUGAACAUCUCAUGCAUUAUUGUAAGUCACCUACAAGACCACAAAAGCCUGUUGUGGUUUCUUAGUAGCCUUUAAAGGCAUGAAAAUAGUUUUGGAUGAUGCAUUAUAAGCUUCUGGAUAUUGUUUAGUAUGUAAUUGGAAGUGCAUUGCUUUGUUCGAUUUGGUAAGGCAGUGUUUCAAUUGAAGUUAUUGUAGUGUGGCACCUCUAGCAAACUCAAUUUUUUGCAUGUAAUUUUAUGCAAAAUGUGAAAAUAAUUUUUUCUAUGGAAAUAACUGUGCAGCUAGUGCAGUAAGAUUUACAAAUUAUUUUAUUUUUGUAAUUUCUGGGUGGGGUAAGUAAAAUUCUUGCAAUUUGUUUUAGUGUGUAGCCAGUCCUUGAGGACUUUGCAAUACCCCAAUCAGCCUUUAUGAAUUUUGUCAUGUUAUAGGUUUAAAUGUAAUUUCAGCAAGUGAAUAUUUGCAUUUGUAAAGGUUGCUGUGCAUCUCUUGAGUGAGAUG